UCCAAGAGGCUUCACAGACAAAAAAUGACGCAACAUACAGUCGGGUCUGGGGUUUAAAGCUUGAGGCUUUAUCGUAAAAUGAGGAAAAAAAAAGAGAGGAGAAAAGCUAAUAAGGAGGGUGGUGCGUGAGGUUCACACGCUUUAAAACCCACUAAUUUGAUUAUCGUCCACUUGACUGCGUUCUCAAGACUAUGGCUUUGACUCCGGGAGGCGACGAGAGAAGCGAGAUAGCUUUCUUUGACCUUGAAGUGGCGGUUCCGACCAAAUCGGGACAGCCUUUCGCUAUUUUGGAGUUUGGGGCUAUCUUAGUUUGCCCUAGGAAGCUAGUGGAGCUCUACAGUUACUCCACCUUGGUUCGACCCACCGAUCUUUCUCUUAUCGAAACGCUCUCGAAGCGGCGAAGCGGCAUCACGCGCGACGAUGUCCUCUCUGCACCCACAUUCUCCGAAAUCGCCGAUGAAGUCUACGACAUUCUCCACGGAAGAAUUUGGGCGGGACAUAACAUAAGGAGAUUCGAUUGUGUAAGAAUUAAAGAAGCAUUUGCAGACAUUGGUCAAUAUCCGCCGGAGCCGAAAGCUACAAUCGAUUCGCUUUCGUUGUUGUCUCAGAAGUUUGGGAAGAGAGCUGGGGACAUGAAGAUGGCAUCACUUGCUACAUACUUCGCGCUAGGAGAUCAGGCACACAGGAGCUUAGAUGAUGUCCGGAUGAAUCUUGAAGUUGUCAAGUCCUGUGCAACUGUCUUGUUCCUGGAGGCCAGUGUUCCUGACAUUCUAACAGAAAUGAGCUGGUUUUCCCCAAGGAAAAGUCCAAGAACGCGAAGUAAUGAGAAGUCAUUGCCUAAUGGAGUCAAAGAAAGCUCGUCUUCCUCCUCCUCGACCUCGAGCCCUAAUACUGAUCCGAGUUUGUCUUCUGUGGAUGCCACAGCCAAAGAAAACCAUCCCAUCGUUGCUCUCCUCACAGAAUGCUCAGAAAAUGAUAUAUCUUGUUGCGAAAUUAAUCCGUGUGAUAUAACCACUUUGAUAAGUAAACUACACAUUGAAACUCCCGAGACAGAUGCAGAAACUACAACAAGACAGGAGGAUGAGUCAACUCCAUCACCCAAUCCCGACGCCAAAGAUAAAAUUUAUUUGGGCGUUGAUGAAGUAUCUGUUUCUAGCAUCAGGGCAAGUCUUACCCCGUCUUAUCGUGGGAGCCUGAGAAUGAAGCUGUUUCACAACGAUUCCCCUCUGCAACUCUAUUGGGAUAGCUUGAAAGUUCGGUUUGGAAUAAGCCGGAAGUUUGUGGAUCAUGCAGGUCGUCCAAGGUUGAAUAUUGUUGUCGACGUGCCUCCUGGUUUAUGCAAGAUCUUGGACGCAUCCGAUGAUGUUGCACAUAAUUUGUUGAUUGACUCAGGCACAAGCUCAGAUUGGAGGCCUACCGUUAUGAGGAAAGAAGGCUUUGCCAAUUAUCCCACAGCCAGAUUGCAAAUAAGCUCAGAAUCGAAUGGAGAUGAUGCCAGAUAUGGAACAGAGGUAUACCAGAAAGAAGAACCGUUGGAAACCAUUCAAAAGCUCAAUUUCAGUAGCGAUGAGUUUGAAAAGCUUGAGUCAGCUUUACUUCCCGGUACCCUGGUUGAUGCAUACUUGUCACUCGAGCCUUAUGAUUAUCAGAAAAUGGCAGGGAUACGUCUAGCAGCCAAAAAGUUGAUAAUCCACCUGAAGAAAUGAUCCACCCAAGAACAGCCUGUCUCUUCCUGGUCAGUCAGUUAGUCACUUUUGUCAUUCUCAAUUUGUACGGAAAUCUUAGGAUCUGGUAGUUGGUGAGCGAUCAGUAGCUACGAUAGAGGAAGUUAGUAUCUAAACUGAUCUGUCUUGUACCGAUCAAUAGUUACAACAAACUUGUAAUGUAACAAUCAUCUGAUUCCACAAUCAUGGAUCCGUUAACUUUUCUUCCGAAGUUAGUAGUUGCCAAC